AUGGAGGUUGACACCCCAAGUGCUACUGAACCUGAGGAAAUGGAAGUCGAAGACUCGAUGACUAAUGCUGAUAUCCGCUCGCUGAUGCUAAUUGCGGGGGGAAGUGAAGACCGCUCGUAUGCUCCAUUUGACACUCAGGCUCGGGGAUUAACCAUCACUCUACCUGCUAGCACCCGUUCCACUAAUCAUAUGGUUUCCUCAUCCAAUGCGGUGAACGCAUUCGCACUCACCGACUCGAAUUCCAUCAAGCUCGACUGUUGA